AUGUUUUUUCCUCAGGAGGAUGGGCCUUUGCUUAAGGCAUGGCUCAUGAAAAAGCUGCCCGAAGUCUCUGAUACCGAGACGGACAUCCUGGCAGAUUAUGUCCUUGCUCUUCUCGCAUCCCAGGAAGGGGACGCUGCGCCGAUUCGUACAGCUUGCGAAAGCGAGCUGCCGCAAUUUCUCAACACAGAUACCGCACCCGACUUUGUCGACGAACUGUUUCGCGUCAUUGAGUACAAGUCUUACCUGCCCGGCGCACCUCCUUCCUUCAAGAAGCGAUCCGAGACUGCAGGCGAAAGCCGUUACACAGAACAUUCCUCGCACACAAGUCGUUCCGACACAUCACCUCAGACUGGUUCGCGAAAGCGCUCAUACUAUGACAGAGGCGACGCAGACGCGUCGAGCGGUCACGCCGAGAGAGCGUACAAGCAGCCGCGUCGAGACCAAUGGGAUCCAAGCUUCUUGACGAGAGGAGAUGGUGGCACGGACGAGUACCAAAAUCAACCAUAUCCCAAUGGCUAUUCGCAGCUUCCAGCCGGGCCUGCGCCGUAUGACCCCCACAACCCUCAGCCACCCACCGGGCCUCAGGCCUGGCGCGACGCGUCGCCGCGAAUGCCGGCCUACUCUCAGGUGCCUCCAUAUGGAACGCCGCAAGGUCCGAGAAGAAACAGGCAGAAAUGCCGUGAUUUCGCGACCAAAGGCUAUUGCGCCCGUGGAAGCUCGUGUCAGUACGACCACGGCUCUGAGCCGAUCUGGUUGCCAGCCAACGACGCUACCAACGGGCCUCCACAACUGAGUGAAUUCGAUGUCCAGGCUGCAGCUAUGAUGAUGUCGCAGAAUUUCCAGGCAAUGCAGCAGCUGAUGGAGGCUUUCAACGCCGAGAGAGGCGGUCGAGGUGGCAAAAAGGGUCGUCAAGGGGCUAAGAGCCGGCGGCGUCAGAACCGAGCCUCGUUCUCAGCGGAAGGCCCUGCCAUUGACGAAACCAGAACUACAAUCGUUGUGGAGAAUAUCCCCGACAAGCACAUGUCUGAAGAGUCUGUUCGUGGGUUUUUCUCGGAAUUCGGCACCAUUGAAGAUAUUUGGAUACAACCGCAGAGAAGGCUUGCGGUUUUGAAGUAUGGCUCUUGGGCGGCCGCCAACGCCGCCUACCGUUCUCCCAAGGCCAUCUUUGACAAUCGUUUUGUCAGAGUCUUCUGGCAUCAGGACGAAAACGAGCAAGCCGCUGCCGCAGCUGGAGCGGAUGGCACUGACCUUGGCGGAGAACAGCAUCUGGCCGAACCAGAAUUCGACAUGGAAGAGUUCCUACAGAAGCAAGAGGAGGCUCAGAAACUGCACCAGGAGAAGAUGCAGAAGAAGCAAGAGCUUGAUAAGCAACGUCAGGAACUGGAGCAUCGUCAAAGGGAGCUGCUCACGCGACAUCGCGAGGAGCAAAAGAAGCUCCAGGCCAGGCUGGCGGGAUCCAGGCACGGAAGCCCAGAAAAUCCCGACGAGGACGCGGGAUCAUUGAGUUCUGCUCUUCGGGCCCAGCUUGCGGCUCUGGAAGACGAGGCUAAGCUCCUUGGUCUAGACCCAAGCGCGAUGGAUGAGCCAACUCCGUGGUACGCAGCUAGCCGCGGUAGAGGACGAGGUCGAGGAGGAUCUGUGCCACGCGGGCGAGGAGGCUUCGCUCCGCGGGGCAGAGGAUCAUACCGCGGCGGAUACAGAGGCGAUGUGCACGCCGCGUAUGCGGCUUAUUCGUUGGACAACCGUCCCAAGACCGUGUCCGUUACUGGUGUAGACUUCACCUCACCAGAGAAGGACGAGGCUCUGCGGCAGUAUCUUCUCGGCAUUGGAGAGUUCACCGACAUCAACACUACGCCCUCAAAUACCCAGGUUACCUUCAAAGAUCGGAAGACAGCCGAGAAGUUCUAUUACGGGCUGACAAAUCAUGAGAUACCUGGCGUCGAUUGUAAGCUUGAGCUGUCAUGGGUUGCGACACCGCCUGUGUCGGCCAAGAAUGCGGCGGAAAACGGCACGUCCAAGUAUUCCGGGGUGAUGGACCAGGAUGUGGCCAUAGGCAACGCCGCUCCUAAUGGGUCCUCGGCGAUCACCCUUGACCAGCAACCUGAACAACAGCCUGAAAUGGACUACGAUGUUGCAGACGACGACGAUUGGGGGGUUGAGUAG